CGGGCUCUGGGUGAAGCCGGGGGCGGGCUGGAGCAGCAGGCGAUCUCCCUGUAUGGGAAUGCGGAAGCGCUGAGGCUACCCAGAGGCGGCUGGAUGGCGGACGGUGCGGAGAGCGGUCCUGGGGGCACCGAGUAUCUGUUUAAGGUGCUGGUGAUCGGGGAGCUCGGCGUGGGAAAGACCAGCAUUAUCAAGCGCUACGUUCACCGACUCUUCUCCCACAAUUAUCGCGCCACCAUCGGAGUGGACUUCGCUCUGAAGGUCCUGACCUGGGAUGCCAGCACUUUAAUCCGGCUCCAGCUCUGGGAUAUCGCAGGUAGGAGCCGGGGUGGGGUAGGAGAUUAGGAAUGGGGUUACCAG